CGUUGCUAUGUAAAUAAGAUACUCGUUGCUAUGAUCGUUCUUGGUGUCUUUCGUUUCCUAGCAACCUUUUUAAUUUCAAACCCAGUCUUCUCAGGAAAGCUCAUCCAACAUGGCGACCUCUACGCCGAAAAAGUCCAAGUCACCAAAAUCUCAGAAAACUCCAUCAAGAAAAGAAGUAAUUUCGCAGUCAACCUCUCCGAAAUCAUCUCCCAACAGAAAUUUGUCGGAUGUUGCUAAAAGGCUAAGAGACUGUUGCGCUACUUGGCAUGAGCACGUGAAUAAAUGGUCCAAAUUGAACGAACUGGGAACAUCGUUGGCUAACAAAUUGGUUAAUUUACAACUUCAAAAAGAAUACAAUGCUGUUGAGGAAAGCACCACACUUUCUCUGGCAAACGACCAAGACUUGGCCUUUAAACUUCAAGGGGACAUACCAAAGGCUUCCCAAGAACUUUCAAGAAUUUACAGUUCUUUGGCUGAUUUACAUACAAAAAUGGAAGCUUUAGUACAGAACUUUCACGCAAUAAGAAAACUACAGUCUAUUCAGAGAAACAAUGACAAUGGAUCAGACAACCGAAUCUUCAAUACCUGGACUAUUGAGCGUUUUUGUGAUGCAUCACAGAGACUUUUAGAUUCAUUUACCAAAGAACUUUCUUUAAAGGAAAGACUUGUAACAGAAUUUACCUACUGUAAGAACAGAGAUCAACUGAUGGUGUAUCUGUCACUGUGGCUCCAUGAGCCACUUUUAAAUGAUGAUAAUGACGUCCUCUUAGAAAGCAUGUUGAUUGAAACUGAGUUGAGAUGACACAAAAAUCACACAAUGGAAAAUAGUUUGAAUGUACUAUAAUUCCACAAAAAAGGUUGGUACCUUGGGUGAUCCAUUAAUAGCUAAGUUAAUAUCCAGUGAGGAUGCUGGUCCAGCUUUGUAAUAUUCUUGUCGAAGGAGCUCAAUGGAUUUGGAUAAGCAAGAUGCAAGUUUCCAACAUAGCUACCAAGUACUGAUGCAAUGCCUAUUGUGUCUCAUCUCAUUCCUCAUCGUGCUCCGCAAGACACCUGAGGCCAUAUGUCUGUACUCACAUGAAAUACCACUGAUCAUAACACCUUGUAAGCUGGGUACAGUUUGCCUAAGUUCCUAGACCUCCGUAUUUUGCCAUGGUCAAUCCCUUUUGGGCUGAAUUGAUCAUGAAAGCCCGGGAUAAAGCCAU